UAAAUCUUACACUAACCAGAAAAAAACUAACCAAAAUUUCCUCUAUUUUUCUCCCUCGUGGCGUCGGAGCUUCUCCGUCUCCAUCCGCCUCCGGCCGGUCCGAACCGCCCCCUCGUCCUCCUUCCAUGACCGCCGGACCCGGUCUGGCCCAUGCCGAACCCGUGGAAGAAGGCGCGGGCCGCCGCCCUCUCCCGGCUCGUUUCGGGCCUCGGCCGGCCGGACCGCGGCGCCUCGCUCGUCGUUCAGACCGGCUUCCCGACCUCCCUCGCCGACCUCGUCGUCAAGAACCGCGACCGCCUCAAGAAGCCCUCCCGUAAGAAGACCCCCUCCUCCCCUAGGGUUCCUGCCGUCGCCGCCGUCGAAGAUGCCGGCCGUCCGGUGUUUCGCAGCUCCCGGGACGGCGACGGUGGAAUCUUGGAGGAGUCCCCCUGCUCCCCACUCCCCAUUUGCGUGGAGAUCAAGAGAAAUGCGAGCGGGUCCGGAUUUGGGCUUCUGGUGGUGAAUUCGUUGGUUUUAAUGGUUCUGGCAAUCGAAAGGAGGAAGCUUGUCGCUGGGAUCACAGUCUCAGCGUUUGCCCUAUUUUUGCUCGAUUUUAUGGGGUUGCAGGUGUUUAAGUUCUUGAACCCGUGCUCGAAUGCGAGGAGGAGCUUGAAUUCGACGAUCGGAGAAUUGGAUUUGGAGAGGAGGGAGCGGGUUUCUCCUAUAAGGGAAGUUGGAGUCGAGAGCCAUGUGGAUUCGAUGCCAUCCGACAGGAAUUGGGAGGAAUCCUCCAUCGAUUCGGAUCAGGGGAGGGAGAUUUUGUCGGAAAGGAGGGAUCUUGCCGUGGGACGAAAUGUUGGUUCUUCUGGUAAUUCAAAAGGAAAGAAGUUUUGGAGGAAGUUUGUUCCCAAGAAGUCUAAUGGGAGUAAAAAAGGUAAAGAUGAAAAGUAUCUGGUUCCAAAUUCUAGUUCAAAUUUGAACAGAAGAGGAGAAAUCGAUAGCAUUACAGAAGAAGAUGUGGAUGAAUUAAUCAAUGCAAAAGGAGACAAGAAAGAUAGCAAUGAAGAAGUUCUGAGCUUCAUUGCCUCCACUGAAGUCACAAAUUUUGAUAAAGAGGAGAUUGGGGAUGUGAAUCGAGAAAUAAUUCGAAAGACUAGAUCAGGAGGCCCUCAGCAGUUUGUUUUCUUUGUCAUAGUUCUUUUUGGGCUUGCUGGAGGGAAGGCCGCAGCAGUCAUUCUAACUGUGUCUUGGUGUCUGUUCAUCCAAUUAACUGAAACCGUGUGUAAGAAAUGAAACAUACACGGAGCCAAUUUUCAGUUCUUUGAUAGGUUGUGCAUCAGCAAAAGGCUUUUUUAUUUGUUUUUUGGUCUCUGAAGUAUGGGGAAGGCUGUUGUAUGUAUCAUCGGUUAUCACGAUGGAAAGCUCAGCUCAGCCUUGCCACGGUGAGAGUCAUGAAGUUUGUAUAAGGUAUUGUACACAAAAGGCAAAAGGAAAAUUGCAAUUGUUUUUUUAUCC